AUGGCUUCCAAGAUACUCAAAAAGAUGUUUUUUUCCUCAGUGGUGUUGGUCUCUGCUGGUUUUUGUUUGUUUAUCAAGUGGACUACUGAUGGAAUGUGCAUAUUCUGCGAGCCAAAAAGAGAAGUUUCCUUUAAGAGAGACAAUAAAACCUUUUUGGCGCUGCCUAAUAUAGAUUGCAGUAGGACUCCCCCAUUCUUGGUUGUUCUUGUGACAUCAUCUCUCGCACAAUCAAAAGCCCGGAUGGCUAUCCGUGAGACAUGGGGCAAGGAAAGAGUAAUAGCCAACAAACACGUCGUGACUUAUUUUCUCUUGGGAACUGCUUUGAAUCAUAACAACCAGGUUGCUGUUACUGCUGAGAGCCAGAAAUAUGGAGAUAUUAUCCAGAAGGAUUUUAUAGAUACCUAUUACAACUUAACAUUAAAGACCAUGAUGGGCCUCGAAUGGAUUCACAAAUUCUGUCCACAGUCCAGCUUUGUGAUGAAAACGGAUUCUGAUGUGUUCGUUAAUACCUACUAUCUGACUGAACUCCUUCUAAAGAAAAACAGGAACACCAGAUUCUUCACUGGUUUUUUAAAACUGAAGGAGCGUCCAAUUCGGAAAAUAUACAGUAAGUGGUAUGUGAGUAAAGCAGAAUAUCCAGGAAACACGUAUCCUCCUUUUUGUUCAGGGACUGGUUAUGUUUUCUCAACAGAUGUCGCUAGUCAGGUGUAUAACAUUUCUGAAAAUGUGCCCUUUGUUAAACUGGAGGAUGUUUUCAUAGGCCUGUGUCUUGCUGAGCUCAACAUCAAAUUGGAAGAACUCCAUUCAAAGCAAACAUUCUUCCCAGAAGGGCUCAAAUUUUCUCCUUGCCGCUAUAAGAAAAUUGUGACUAGCCAUUUUGUCAAACCUCAUGAAUUGCUGCUCUACUGGAGCGCAGUAGAGAGGGUCAUGGAUGAAAAAUGCCCUGGUAGCAGAUAGCCUUCUAAAACAAUCUAGGCUGCUGCAGACGAACGCCGAACCUGCUUUAGUCCAUCCCACUACAGCGCACAA